AUGGAGGAAACUAAGAUGCCAAAAAGACCUAGAGAACCCCAAAUGGAAAGAGAUUUGGAUUUUGAAGAAUCCUCAAAGAAACACAAACCAUACAAUCACAUCCUCUCACUUCUUGAUUUAGAGGAAGAGGAAUCCACACAAGACCUCUCUCCUAUGAUCAGAACCCUCCAACAAGAAAUAACACGCGCCUCAGAUAAUUACCAAGAUACCCUUUUGAUAUCCCAAAAUGACCAAAAUAACCUCACUUCUUUCGGUUGCAAUAUUUUAGAAGACGAUUCUACCCUUUCUUGUUUUUCUAGUACUACUUCUCAACAUGUCUUGAAAGAAGAGGAGGAGGAAGAUGAGAAAGUAAAAGUGAUGAGACAUCUUCUUCAAGCCUCUGAUGAUGAACUUGGAAUUCCAAGCACUAGUGGAGAUGAUUAUGGGGUAGUUGGUUUUGGUGGUGAGGAUUAUGGAUUUAACGGUGGAGAUGAGUUUUCUUCUUCUUUGUGUGAUAAGUUAUGGGAACUUGAAGAUGAAAGAGCUAAUUAUUAUUCUUUGUUACAGUCUGAACUCUUUCUGUGGGGAAAUUAG